CGAGUGCGCGGGGGCAAGGCCUGUGCCGGGCGGGCCGGGGCGGGGGGUUCGGGCGCAGCUGCGGCCGUUCCGCGCUGCCCGGGGCGGCGUGAGGCGGUUCCGCGGGCCCGCUGGGGCUGGAGGCGAGCCCGGGGCGGCGGCGCUGCCGGAGGCGAGGCGGCUGGCGGCUGGGAGCCGGGCCGUGCCGGGCUGCGGUCCUGCCGCCGGGCACGGCUUGACCGGGAGUUUGUGCCGCUCCUGUAGGAGCGGGGAGCGCUGCACCCAGCGAGCGGGGCUGAGGAGCUGCCCUGAAGCGUAAGUUCUUUUGUAGGUGCAACUACCCGGUAGAUUUUUAGCCAUGAACAGCAUUGCCAGAAGCCUUUUGAAAUCGGUUAAGCACAGCCAGACUGCGUGGCUGAGGAGCAGCCCUGCUCACUCCGGAAAACAGCACCUUGGGAAACUGGUUCUGGGAAUAGAGACGAGCUGUGAUGACACGGGGGCUGCUGUGGUGGACGACGCCGGCCGUGUUCUGGGAGAAGCACUGCACUGUCAGAAGGAAAUCCACUUACAAUCGGGUGGAAUAAUUCCUGUGGUGGCACAGCAACUGCACAGAGAAAACAUCGAGCAAGUCGUAGAAGAGGCUCUUAGUGUCAGUGGAGUUUCUGUGCAUCAACUUGCAGCUAUUGCAACUACAGUUAAACCAGGUCUUGCCCUGAGCCUGGAGGUGGGGCUGCGGUACAGCUUGAACUUGGUGAACAGGUACCAGAAGCCCUUCAUUCCCAUCCACCACAUGGAGGCUCAUGCACUGACCAUCAGGCUGACACAGCACCUGGAAUUUCCCUUCUUAGUUCUUCUGCUGUCUGGAGGCCACUGCAUCUUGGCAGUAGCUCAGGGAGUUUCAGAUUUCCUUCUGCUUGGACAGUCCAUAGACAUAGCACCAGGUGACAUGCUGGAUAAGGUAGCAAGACGACUCUCUCUGAGGAAGCACCCGGAGUGCCAGAGCAUGGCUGGGGGGAAGGCCAUCGAGCACCUGGCGCGGGGGGGCAGCUGGCAGCAGCACGCCUUCCCGCUUCCCAUGCAGCAGCAUCGCAACUGCCAGUUCUCGUUUUCUGGCCUGCAGAACCUUGUCAACAAAGCCAUCGUGCAAAAAGAGCGAGAAGAAGGUAUUGAAGAAGGGGAGAUCCUGUCCUGUGCUCAGGACAUUGCUGCUGCUGUGCAGCAUGCAGUGGCUGUGCACAUCAUCCAGAGGACAUACCGAGCCAUGCUGUUCUGCAUAAAAAAUAGCAUAUUGCCAUCCAAAAGUGCAACUUUGGUUGUAUCGGGAGGGGUUGCAAGCAAUCAGUAUAUCCGAAGAGGUCUACAGACUUUGGCAGAUGCAAAUGAUUUUGCUUUUCUGUGUCCUCCUCCAAGACUGUGUACUGAUAAUGGUGUGAUGAUCGCAUGGAAUGGCAUUGAGAGGUUAUGUGCAGGAGUUGGUGUUUUACGUGACACUGGCGGCAUCCGCUAUCAAGCAAAAGCUCCCCUUGGAAUUGAUAUUUCAAAAAGAGUUGAAGAAGAUUCCAUCAGGGUGCCAAAACUAAAAAAGAAGAUACAGUGGUUGGCACCUUAAAAAGCAACGUAGUAAAGUAAAUGCCACUAUAAAUGGUUCACUAGCAACUCUUUCAGUGCUGUUACACUUACUGACAGUACAGGGCUUACAAGUUCUGGAAAAUCAUGUCAGACAAAAAAAUGCUGUAUGAUAUCACCAAAAUUAUUCCAGUUACUGUUCCACAAAUGUCUAAGAAUUCUAGGUAUUUAAAUAAGAUUGCAUUGCUUAAUAAAAAUAAAUUUAUAAAAAUGAAA